AUGUCACUGGCGCUGAUCACUGGCUUGGCUGAGUUCAUGGAAAUCAACAUGCCUCUUUAUCACGUUGCUGCCUGCGGGCGACUAGAGUCGCGAUUCCAGGAUUUGCAGGCUGGCAAAAUGUAUUUAGGGUAGACCUGAAUGCUACCUGCCUAUCAUGCUAUGACUGCAAAGUUAUUUAUCUUUCUAUCAUUGAAUCUCUAAGCUUUUCAUCUCGAAACCAAGUACAAGAUGGCUCUCAACGCCACGAUGCGAGGAGUCGUCUACGAUGGCAACCCUUUUCAUGUAUCUGUCGUCGACUUGCCUCGUCCGAAUAUUAUCAAUCACAGUGAUGCAGUGGUUCGUAUUACCACCUCGGCCAUUUGUGGCUCGGAUUUGCACAUGUACCAUGGAGUUCAAGGGGGAACUCCGCCCUGGGGAAUGGGCCAUGAGGCUAUUGGAUACAUUUCUGAGAUCGGGAACGCGGUAUCAUCGCUCGCAGUUGGCGAUUACGUCGUCAUUCCUGAUAAUGUGGGUUCGGGCCACUUGGAGAUGGCGCCAGAAAGGCUUCAGUCUUAUGGAGGGGGUUCAGGUCUGGAUGGUCUGCAAGCGGAAUAUGCUCGUGUUCCCUUCGCUGAUGACAGUCUGAUCCCGGUGCCUUUGACUCACAAUUCGACCAAUUCUUCCAUCGAGCGAGACUACCUGACAGUUUCUGAUAUCUUCGCCACCGGAUGGAGUGCUGUGGAUUACUCCGGCUUUGAACCCGGCGACACGGUAGCCGUGUUUGGGGCCGGUCCAGUCGGUUUGCUUGCUGCAUAUUCUGCUCUCCUUCGCGGUGCGUCGCGCGUCUACUCAGUCGACCACGUUCCCAUGCGAUUAGAGCGAGCCGCCUCGAUCGGAGCCAUUCCGAUCAACUUCAACGAGUCGGACCCGGUGCAACAGAUCCUGGAACACGAGCCAUUGGGCGUCACACGGGCAUUGGACUGCGUGGGCAUGGAAGCGGUCAACGCCCAAGGGGAUAUCCAGGAGGAUAUCGUCCUGCAAAACAUGGUCGGCGUGGCAGCUCAAAAUGGCGGUCUUGGGCAGAUCGGCGUGUACAUGGCUCAGAGCAGCUCUGCCGGGGCACCUUUGGGAGACACUAUCGCGCAAAACAUCACAUUCCCGGUAACCGAGUUUUUUGGCAAGCAUCUUCGGUACGAAGCGGGCGUGGUCGAUCCCAAGAUUUUGGCGCCACAUCUGGUGGAGUUGAUUGCGGCGGGCCGGGCCCAUCCCAGUUUUAUUUCCACUGCAAGUAUUCGUCUGGACGAGGCACCGAGGUAUUACGAGCGGUUCGAUCGACAUGAGGAGAUCAAGGUGUAUAUUCAUUUUCCAUAGUUAGAUUGUAGCCGCUGAUUAUGUUGGCUAUCGUGAUGAAGUCAUGGGGUGGAAACAGAGGAACAGGGGAUGGCAUAUCGUAUGGCUUUGUUUGUGUUCUCUAGAAUAAGAGUUUUGGAAGGA